AUGAGAAAUUCAAUGGCUGAUGCAUUAGCUAAUGGAACUCGGUAUUAUCAGAUGCAAGGUUUAUCUUUUACAGCAAAAGGGUUGGAAUUGAAGUUUGAAGCACUAUUAACCAGUUGGAUGGUAAUUGACUUUUCGGACAAUAAAUUUUUGGGAGAACUUCCUAAAACACUUGGUGAACUUCAUUCACUUAUUGUGCUAAACCUCUCCCAUAAUAGCUUAACAGGUUCUAUCCCAUCAUCAUUAGGUGAUUUGUUAGAGCUUGAAUCAUUAGAUCUUUCAUCAAAUAAGCUCCAAGGAAGAAUUCCAACAGAAUUAUCAAAUAUUGGAUUCUUAGAGGUGUUAAACCUUUCUCAAAAUAAUUUAAUGGGACCCAUUCCUCAAGGAAAACAAUUUAAUACUUUCACUAAUGAUUCCUACAUAGGAAACUUGGGUUUAUGCGGGCUGCCAUUAUCAAAUAGAUGUGGUAAUGAUGAGAAAACUCCAACCAAAAUUGAUGGAGAUGAUGAUGAAGAAUUGGAUUGGAGAUUUUCUAUAUUGAUGGGAUAUGGAUCUGGGUUGGUGCUGGGACUGAGCUUGGGGUACAUUGUACUCACAACUGAAAAACCAUGGUGGUUGAUUAGGAUCAUCGAGAGAGUUCAACAAAGAUUUGCAAAAAGGUAG